AUGAGGUCGAAACUCGCACAGGCCUAUGAACACUUUCAGAAGGAUCUUGAUCUCCUUAGAACUGUCAUUGAAAAUCCAACCUUCCAUCGCGGCGAUCUUCCUCGCUUUCUGCAAAGAUUUGCCCUACCCGGUCUUGCGGUUCGCCUUGUUCGAAUUGGUGUGGAGAUUUGCGAGCGCCUUCGUAAAUACCAUGAGGCUGUGGAACUGAUUCUCAUUGUAUUAUCCUCGGAUUUAUUGACGAGUACCAGCUGCAGAACAGUGUACUUUUUCGUCAAACGUCUUCUGCUUGAUCAAGGUACCCACUAUAGCGACCCUGUUGCCUGUUUAAAGAAAGUUGAGAGCCUCCUUCCCAUACUACGAGGCUUACAUCCGGGGCAUCGACUGGAAAUUCAAAGACAAAUCGGACGUCUGAUAGGAGAAAAGUCGGACAAUGAGUUGUCGCACUUUUGGCGGGGGAAGAAUGAAAGUUCACGAAGCUCGAAACGGGACGGGGAUUCAAGUCUCAAGGAGGAGAUCAUGGCCGAUAUUCCGUUGGAUAAUAUGAAGGAACUAAAAAAUGAAUUAUUGUCAAGGUUAAAAUGUGCGUCUGUGGUGAACCUUUCGGCCCCUACAUCCGCUUCCUCCAUGGACAUUGGCGCAAAUCGUCCAUUCUACCUCUGGAUGGAGCUCGAUAAGGAUGCCACCGGGGAUGGAUUAACCACUUCCAUUCUCCAAGUUGAAACUUGGGCACUAAAACACUACCUGCGCAACGAGAAAUUCGAAAAAGGACUUCACGCCGAAUCCCGAAUAUACACAACCCUCUUUGUUUUGCUGUUUUACGAUCUACUUUAUGGCGUCGAUCGCCCGGACGCCUUCUACUGUAUGUGCCAGCCAGCACCAUUGGAUCUUUUUGCCGGUGACUUCUAUAUGUCACACAGAGACCUCGUUGAAGGUCGUCUAGAAAUGAUUAGCGCUGCGAAACGGUCCUCACAAACACCGGAAACGGAGUCGGUGGUUACGGAUCCAGUCUCGCAGUUGUUGAUCGUCACGUGGACGGAGCACAAGGACGAGCAGUGCAUCGGUAUCGGUUGGAAUCUUUUUCCUGACGGCGAAAGUGAUAUUGUGGCAAGUGAAAAGUCAGUCGUGCUAAAGAUGCUUCAUUGGGUUAACAUUGCUUCUCAUGAUAAGCAGGAGUUAUUCUGGUGUUUGGGACCGCAGUUGGUAGCGUCUAUCUGCCGUCUACUGAUUAGUGAUUACGCGAAUUGGAGUUCUGGACUGCCUGAUCUGACGCUUUGGAGCCCCUCCUCUGGAAAGGCCAAGCUUGUCGAGGUAAAAGGUCCUGGAGAUCAGCUCUCAUCUCAACAAAUGGUUUGGAUAGACAAGCUCCUUUCUUUUGGGGCAGAUGUGGAAAUAUGCUCGGUGGCCGCCGUUCCCCGUAAUCGUUAUCAGCACAAUCAGUAA